AUGAGUAAAAGUAGAGAUGAAACGAAGAGUAAAAGUAGAGAUGGAACGAAGAGUAAAAGUAAAGGUCGCCAAAAAACAAAAAUGGUCAAAAUGGAAAAAGAAAGUAACCUCCAAGUUACGUUUUCUAAGAGAAAAAAUGGUCUUUUCAAAAAGGCUAGUGAGCUUUGCACACUUUGUGCUGCUCAUAUGGCUGUUAUUGUGUUUUCACCUAGUGGAAAAGUCUAUUGUUUUGGUCAUCAAGAUAUAGAAACUAUAAUAAAUCACUUCGAAAACAAUGACCAUCCACCUCUAAACGCACAACCCAACACUGAUAUUCAAAAUCUGAACAAUCUUCUUACUCAGCGGAUGGACGAACAAGAUUUACUGAGCAAAAAGAGUGAAGAGAUGAAGAAACAAAGAAAAGAAUCCAAAACACCUGAGACUUGGUUGAAAGAAUACAUUAGAGGAAUUGACUUAGUUCAAGCCAGUGAAUUCAAAGGUAAAAUUGCAAAUCUGAAGAAACAAGUGUCAGACGAAGCUAUGAAAAGCUUACAAAUACCAAUUCAUCAUCCAGGCUUCUAUGAGGGAAGCUCUGCUAAUGCUCAUUUUGGGGUUGGUGUUGGUGUUAAUAUCAACCCAAAUCUGAGCAUGUUUGAUCAAACAAGAAUGAUGGACAUGAAUAAUUUCUACAACCAUAACAUGGCUCUCCCUGAUUAUCGAUUAUCAUUUGGAAACUAUAGUAAUGCUGAGGGAUUUGUUCCUAGAUACGGUUACAUACUACAGCCUAAUCCAAAUGGACACCAAAAUCCAAGUUCUACAGAAGAAAAUGAAGCUGGAAAUGAACAUCAUUAUGAUGGCCAUCCUCCUCAACCUAGAUCUGAUUAA